AUGGAGUGGGCCGGGUCCGGGAGCGGGUCCGGGCGGCCGCCGGGCGCUCAGGGGCUGCGCAACCACGGCAACACGUGCUUCAUGAACGCCGUGGUGCAGUGCCUGAGCAACACGGCGCCGCUCGCCGAGCUGCUGGCGCUCGGCCGCUACCGCGCGCGCGGCGCCCGCGCCGAGGUCACGCACCGCCUCGCCGCGCUCGUCCGCGCGCUCUGGACCCUCGACUACACCCCGCAGCUCUCGGCGGAGUUCAAGAGCAUCGUGUCGCAGCACAGCUCGCAGUUCCGCGGCAACGCGCAGCACGACGCCCUCGAGUUCCUGCUCUGGCUGCUCGACCGCCUGCAUGAGGACCUGGGCUCCCCCACGCCCGUCCCGCAGCCCCGCAGUGACGAGCAGCCCGGCGCGGACCCGAGYGGCGAUGCCAGCGGCACCCCCGGCCCUGUCCGGCCUCCGCGCAGCCAGAGCUUCGUGCAGAGCCACUUCCAGGCGCAGUACAGGUCCUCGCUGACGUGCCCGCACUGCCGCAAGCAGAGCAACACCUUCGACCCCUUCCUCUGCGUCUCGCUGCCGAUCCCCCCGCGCCAGACCAGGCCGCUCAACGUCACCUUGGUGUUCCAGUGCAAGAGGCAGCGGUUCGUGCGCGUGGGCCUGGCCGUGCCCCUCCUCAGCACUGUGGCCAAGCUGCGCGAGAUGGUGGCGCAGGAGGGCAGGAUCCCCCCGGAGCAGGUCGUCCUGGCCGAGCUGUCCCCUGCCGGCUUCCGGCGCUCCUUCGCCGACCACGAGGAUCUCGGCGCCAUCGGCGACGGUGACUGCGUCUAUGCCUUCCAGCCGCCCCUGCCCUCGAGCCACGGCGGCGCCCUCCGCCUUGCAGGGUGCCCGCUGAGCCUGCCCUCCUCGCCCAAGGCGGCUGAGCCGGCGGGACAGCGCUUGCCACCGGCUGCCCUCUCCUCCGAGUGCCUGCACCGCGGUGCCGGCGGCCGCGUCCUGCUGCUGCUCUGCAACACGGCGGGUGCCGGCCCCCAGGCCGCCAGGUUCGGGCCCCCGCUGGUGAUGCGAGAGGACCGAGGCGUGUCCUGGGAGCAGCUCCAGCAGAGCAUCCUGGCCAAAAUGCAAUACCUGAUGAGGAGUGAGGUCCAGCUGCAGGGCGCCGGAGGCCUGUUCCGCGUCCGCGUGGCUGGCAGCUCCGUGGGCUGCAGCUACCUGUCACCGCAGGAUGCCCGGCCCCUCUGCCACCCGGCUGUGGACAGGGCGCUGCAGCUGGGYGGCCCGGGCGGCCCUCCCCACGUGAUGCUAACGGUGGAGUGGGACAGCAGCACCAAAGAGCGCCUCUUCGGCAGCAUCCAAGAGGAGGUGGUGCAGGAUGCGGAGAGCGUGMUGCUGCAGCAGCAGGCGCACCAGCAGCAGCACAGCUGCACGCUGGACGAGUGCUUCCAGCUCUACACCAAGGAGGAGCAGCUGGCGCCGGACGACGCAUGGCGCUGCCCCCACUGCAAGGUGCUGCAGCAGGGCACGGUGAAGCUGAGUCUCUGGACGCUGCCCGACAUCCUCAUUAUCCACCUCAAGCGCUUCCGCCAGGUGGCCGAGCGCCGCCACAAACUCACCACGCUGGUGCGCUUCCCUCUGCGGGGGCUCGACAUGGGCCCCCAUGUGGCUCAAAGGGGCCGGGCACCUGGCAAGCAGGUGCUGGCGCCCUGGGCACCCUGGAAGGCCCCGGUCUGCUUACCCGAGAACUGCCAGCUCGACUACCUCUACGACCUGUACGCUGUCUGCAACCACCAUGGCAGCAUGCAGGGCGGGCACUACACGGCCUAUUGCUGCAACUCGCUGGACGGGCAGUGGUACAGCUACGAUGACAGCAUGGUGGAGGGGGUGCGGGAGGAUGAGGUGAGCACCCGCAGCGCCUACAUCCUCUUCUACCAGCGCAGGAACGCCAUCCCCGCCUGGUCAGCCAGCAGCUCUGUGCGAGGCUCCACCAGCUCCUCCCUGUCCGAUCACUGGGUGUCGCGGCUCAGCGCCCAGCGGGAGAGCUUGGGCCCGCGGGGCUCUGCCACGUACCCCUCACUGCCGCGCGCCCCCAGCUCGCCCGGCUGCCCGGAUGCGCCCAGUGGGCUGGAGAAAGGGGGCUUCGAGGCCCGGCCCCUGGUGCGGGGCAUCCAGGGCCGCAGUGUGAGCAUGAAGCUGUCGCCCGCCAAGGCAGCGGUGGGCGCGGGGGCCGCGGCGACGCCCCUGCGCUGGUCCUUCGCCUCACGGGAGCGCGCGCCCGGCCUCUCGGGCGAGCUCGUGGCCUACCUGGAGUCGGGGCGCCGGCCCCGCUUCACGCACGCCUCCAUCGUGCCGCUCAUGAUGGGCACCAGCGCGGAGGAUGGGGCGGGCGAGCGCCGCCCCCGCCUGCCUGCAGCCCCCAGGGUGGCUGAGAGCCCCACGGGAGCCCCCGUGGCUGUGGCGAAAUCCCUUCUGCACUGCUUGGUGCUGGUGGCAAGCUGCUCCCCAGCGCUGGUGAACGGGCAGGAGCUGCCAGGGCACUGGGAGCGGCUGUUGCAGAGCGUGCAGCACUACUACCCCGGUGAAGCCAUCACGGGGCUGCUGCUGCUCUACCCCUCCUGCAUGCUCCACGCACUCGAGGCCUCCAGUUCCGUGUUGUUGGCCGUGCUCCGGGAGCUGCGGGACGCACGGCAGCGCAGGCCGCUUGUCAUGGACGCCAAGAUCCUGGUGCUGUCGCACAACAUCCCCGCGCGCCUCUUCCCGCAGUGGAGCUGCCGGGUGCUGAGCGUGUCAACGGGCCCAGCGCUCGUGGGCGCGGAGCCCCUCGAGGGCCUCGCGGGCGAGUGCCUGGGCGUGCUGCAGCGCCUGGGCCGCCUCCAGCAGCGCUGCGAGGGGCCCUCGCAGCUCCAGCUGGAGCAGGUGCCCGAGCUGCUGCGCUUGGAGGUGGCCAUCGCGCAGCUGCUGGCGUGCAGCGAGCUGCAGAGCCCCGAGCAGUUCCUGCAGGCCUAUGACAGCCCCCUGCACCCCGACCUCGGCRCGGACCACGUGUGGCCGGUCUGUGAGCGCUUGGUGCUCCCCUCCGCGGCGUUGGCGCAGACGUGGCCGAUGGGCACGGCCGCCUGA